AAACAAUGCUUGUACCAUUGACUACUCUGCUUCUGAAAUAUCCUAAAUGUAAUAAAUAAACAAACUGUCAAACUUGUUGAGAUAAAACGAACGAAGGCAAAGUUAUGUGAAACCUCGGGAGUUUAAAACGUGCAAAGCUGACGGAGAUGAUCUGAACUGUUAGAAUCAGUUCAAAUGAUGGCACUCCUAAACAACUACUUCCAGAAUUUAUCAUGGCUAUUAGCCAGUUUUACAGUCAUUCUAUUCCUUCAUCAGAUAGGAUCAGCUGAAAGUGGACUGGCUGCCGAUGAAGAAAGGUUGAUUCAUGAUUUGACAAGAAGCAAUAACAUUUUUGCAAGACCAGUGUGGAAUGCUUCUGACACAUUAACAGUGAAGCUAGGAUUGGCUCUCACAAAGAUAAUGGACUUUGAUGAAGCUGCAAGCGUAAUGCGUUCAAAUGUGUGGAUGAGAUUUUUAUGGAAUGAUGUUGCAAUGAUAUGGAAUCCUGCAGACUACGGGGACAUUGGUAUGGUUCGUCUUCCAAUCAAGACAGUAUGGAGACCUGAUAUAGUUCUCUAUAAUGCUGUUGGAAAUGAGAAGCACUGGGAUGAGGGAGAACAUAGGACUGCUAUAAUAUACAAUGAUGGGACAGUGCUAUAUAUUCCUCAUACCACACUCACAACACAAUGUGCAUUCAACCACAGACUGUACCCUUAUGAUAAACAAACGUGUUAUAUGAAGUUUGGAUCAUGGACCCAUGAUGGUUUUCAGUUAGAUUUAGGAUUCUACGAAGGAAAAAAGUCCAUUGACUUGACAGACUACAUAGCUGAUAAUGGCUGGGACAUACUGGAUGUAGGUGCGGUGAAAAAUAUAAAAAAAUACCCAUGUUGUAUGGAGCCUUACCCUGACAUCACCUUUAACCUGACAGUCCAAAGGAGAAGCUCUUACUUGACGGUUGUCUAUAUCUACCCGGCAGUCAUUGUCGCAUUCGUCUCUCCAUUGAUGUUUUUGAUCCCACAUCGUGUGCCAGGCAAAAUUUUGUUUGGGUUGGUGGUUCUGCUCAUAGAAGUGAUUCAGAUGAUGAUGUUAAACACUACUUUACCUGGACACAGAGUAAAUACACCUAUUAUAGUGUUGGUUUACCUGUACAGUAUGGCCAUCACAACCGU